GCAUACAUUUAUCUUUAGUAUUUGGCCCAACAGAGAAACGCCCAAGUACACCUAAAACCCUACUUAAUUUAGCUGAACGCCACGCCAUUGCCUCCUCUCUCUCUCUCUUUCUCUCUCCCGUCUCGCCCCGAUUCUACAGCAAAGAUGGUUCUCUCGAACGACUACGAUUUGCUCAACCCACCGGCCGAGCUUGAGAAAAGGAAGCACAAGCUUAAGCGCCUUGUGCAAUCUCCCAACUCUUUCUUCAUGGAUGUCAAGUGCCAGGGUUGCUUCAAUAUAACCACUGUGUUCAGCCACUCCCAAACAGUUGUUGUGUGCGGAAAUUGCCAGACGGUGCUGUGCCAACCGACUGGCGGCCGUGCCAGGCUCACCGAGGGCUGCUCCUUCCGGAGAAAGGGCGAUUGAGGAACAUAUUCUUGAUAGAAUGGAAUGGAUUCUGGUUUCGUGUUUUCAUUUUCAUCAUUCAAGACAUGCUAUGUUUCUUUAUGUAACCUUUUAAGUUAAUUCUGCUAUGUUUCUUUAUGUAACCUUUUAAGUUAAUUCAAUCUAGAUUCAGAUUAUGUUAUAUUAUCAUUGACCCUGUGAGGUUUAUCUACUUUUUGCUUAGUUGAUUGA